CACAGCUAUUGAGCAAUACAUCUCAUCUCCAUCUGCGUCAUACACGAUUUGAGUGUGUAUAGUGGUCGGCACAGUAGUCACAGUAGUCGACGUAGUAGCUGUCGACGCAGUUGUCGGCACAAGGAAUUGCGAGAACUAUAAAUAAAGGCAUUCUUGUCUCACAGGGCACAGGGUACGUAGUGCAUAAAUACUUGCGUCGGAGAUUUAUUUACAAAGUCACAAAAAACCUUGUAGAGAGUCACAGCACUUAUGGACGUAAUAACUGAAGAGUGGCUACGCAAUGUGGUCGAUGAUAAAGAUCUGGUGUCAUUGGACUCCGUCACAGAUAUGUCUCAAGAUUCAGGGCGGAUGGGCGACAUGAUCAAGGUAGUUUCCACGCAUAGCGGUGAUAUCGUACGACACCGCAUCGUUAAAACUCUCAUUGGCGAUCAGAAAUUACAAAUGGCUCUCCAAUACGGACUAAGCCGUGAAGCACACGUUUUCAACACUUUUGGGGCCGAACUAUUUGAGUCAGGUCUCAUACCCAGGAUAUACUAUGCCACUACCAACGAUAUCACCGGCUCGAAGACCGUGAUGAUGGAAGAUUUAUCCAAAGGGCAUGUGGUUGCUAGUGUGUUUUUUAGCAAGAAUUCACCUCAUAUGAAGAAUGCCGACCCUAAAGACGAGGUCAACUAUAAAUUGAGUGGCAAGGCAGUAGCAGAGCUCACUUUCCGUACUUUGGCAAGACUGCACGCACUCCACUGGAACGAUACCUCCUUGCUGACUCACAGCUGGUUGCGAAAUGUGGACGUCUUAACAGCCAAUUCUGGUACGGAUGCCACUACUCAAUGGACAACUUUGGCAGAUUCACUCCGUAGCUCAUGGAGUAAAGGCCAAAUUCGGGAAGACAUCACAUGGGAUACUCACCUUCUUCAAUGCAUGGACGCAUCCAUCGGCAAGCUGUCGUGGGAGUCUCUUCACGAAGAAAACCAAUCGAUUCCGUAUACGCUCUGUCACGGGGAUUUUCACGCGGGAAAUGUUUUAGUUGAUCAGGCCAACGAGACUGUAAAAUUCGUUGAUUUCGAGGUCUCUAUGGUGAACAUAGGUCCAAGGGAAUUAGGCCAGUUUACAAUCUCAAAUAUAUCGACUGCUGAGCGCCGUCAAUGGGAGAAGACUUUGGUUCUCACAUACCACAAAGAACUAAGCAAAUGUUUAGGAGACAAAUGUCAGAUAAGCGAGGAAGAUUGUUGGCUGCAAUACACUCAGGGAUGUUCUCGAUGGGUUUUCUUCCUUGCUCUCUUUGUUGGUACGUGGCAGGCAGAUGCUGUCACAUGCCAGUAUUUCCAUGAUCAGAUCGCCGACUUUUUGCACGACCACGUUUCCGAUCCGAAAGAUAUGGUUCAACCUCUAUUAUAAUAUGCUUGGAGGUAGAAGGUGAUCUUUUGGCCUGGGGUGGCCAGUGCGAAGAAUUUACCCUUACGACAAGUCCGAUCGAAAUGACAACCAUCGCAAGUGGAUAUCGCGACACUUUCCUCGCGUAGUAUAGUAGUGGGCAUAGCGAUAGACCGCCGGUCUUUCUGUAAAUAGAUCUAGCAGUAGAUAAAUAUUGUGGUGUCAUGUGCGGCACUUGUAUACCUUCUAAUCUCAUUAUGAGAUGUCGAGCAUGGCUAAUAGCACAUACAGGCG